CCCUUACCCUGCCGAUCAUCAUAUAAAACUGUAUCUAGUUCCUCGCUUUUCAUUGGUUGUCAUCAUCAAUAUAUAUAUACAUAGUGCAUUAUGAGGCGAACUGGAUACAAUGAACUGCGCAAACUCUGACGGUAUUCAGUUCGUUGCCAUCAUACCUUGUUGUUUUAUCAUGGUAGGUAUCUGUGCCGGUCGACGGGGACGUCACGUCACCACCGACGACGCAUCACGACGCCGUUCAUUACCACUGCAAUUAUACCGUGCAUCAACCAUGGUAUAAUCGGAGGUGUUGCGCGGGUGUGGACUGCGGAGUUGGAUUUUGUUUGUUCCCAGCUUAAGAUAUUAUCUUAAAUCGUGGUUUUCACCGACGACGCGUCGACCGCUGCCGUCGCCACCACUACCACCACCUGCCACUGCUUCAACCAGCCAUAAUUAUCAUGUUUUUGUUUUACAGAUUACGUCGACGUAUGGCAUAGUUUUCGUCUACUCCCCACCCCCCCUACAUACUCGAUCAUCGUACGAGUUGAAUUACUUCAUACUUGAAUUUAUUAUAGGACACGACAUUGCGAUGUGCGCGUGCACGUGUACCGAAAACGCGUCGUUGUCGCAAUAUUAAAAUGAUUGUCAUAUUGCCGACUUUGAACGCGCGACGACGACGACAUCUCGGGUAUUUGAAUUUUAUCUCUGUUUAUUCGGAGUCAUGGGCAAGAGGGAGUGAGAGAGAAAUGACGAGCCGUUCCCUGGUUGGAUGUGGGAGCGGGAAAGAAUGAGAGAAUGAAAAAUAAUAAAAAUAUAUCUCGUUUGACAGUGACGGGCUUGGCCAUACUGACUCGAACUCGACUACUCGAGUGACCGUCGGAGACGACGAUAAAAAAAUAAACUUUAACCGAGGACGAGGUCUCAGCCGUUCGCCGCCCACCGACUUUGCAUGUCGUGCAUUGCAUCCGAUUAUUAAACAUUCGCAGGACGGCACCACAAUAACACCUUUCUAUACCUAUGAUUUAUAUUUUAUGAUAAUCUGUACAUGUCAUAUUAUUAUAUGUGUAAUGCAGUAUCAUAAUAAUAUUAUAUUUUAUUAUUGUACAUAAUAAUUAAUAACAAACACAAAUAAUAAUAAUAAUAAUAAUAAUAAUAAUAAUACUGUCGAGUGCGACGGCCGACGAGUGUUUUUGUUUUCAUUCGUUGUUGGCUCGGGGAAUGCACACCGUCUGAUUAAUAUUGCGCGCAUGAAAAACAAUCAGUGAGAAUAGAGAAAAAAAAACAUUAACAAAAAAUUCGCAACCACAGCAGAAAUCGCGUAUCGUUAUUGUAACAUUAUUAUUAUUAUUAUUAUUAUUAUUAUUCAUUAUUAUUAACGGCGACACAAUUUGGUUGGAAUAGGUAUUGUAGUUGUGUAAUUCGCAGCCGCUGUUGUAGUUCUCUCGUCGACGAUAUUAAUAUUAUAAUAUAAAUAUUAUGUAAGCCCUCGGCGGGCCCGCGUAAAACCAAAGUCUGACGAGCGCCCUCGUCGUCCCCUCCCCCGGCCCUCCUGCCGACCGCCCAACCGCCCACCAACCCACCCACCCACCGCCGACGAAAGCCCGACAACUUGUCGUCCACACGGUGUCGCGCGCGCCGCCGUCAGUUACUCAGUUGCCCAAAAGGUCGAGUCCGGUAUGGUGACGGUUACCGCCACUACAGACUACAGUAAGUGGUCGUUACCAUCGACGUCUUGUCCGUGCCAACGUCGUUAUAUUACGUUCGCUGCUAUUGUUGUUACCGCUGUUACUCGUUACACGGCCAUGUAGUUGUGGUAUAGGUUGGCUGACACUCCGUCCGGACGUUAAAUAGCAAUAAAUCUGUCGACGAUAGUCAACAAAUCGUAAAUAAACCUAGGUAUCUUUAGUUAAGCUAUGCAAACACCAUGGCUCGUGUGCCACCACAUCCAUCAGCCGGACACAACAACCCAUUGGUCAACCGUCUGGUCCGUGUUGGAUACUAUGAGCUGGAAAAGACCAUUGGCAAAGGCAACUUCGCUGUUGUCAAGCUGGCCAAACAUGUUGUCACAAACUCCAAGGUUGCCAUUAAAAUAAUUGACAAGACACAAUUAAAUGAGGAUAAUUUGAAAAAAAUAUUUAGGGAAAUUCAAAUUAUGUCAAAACUUAAUCAUCCACAUAUAGUGAGAUUAUUUCAGGUUAUGGAAACUGAAAAAAUGAUUUAUUUGGUAACAGAAUAUGCUGCCGGAGGAGAAAUUUUUGAUUUUCUGGUAAAAAAAGGAAGAAUGGAUGAACCUGCUGCUUGUCAUAUUUUUAAACAAAUUGUUGAAGCUGUUAGCUAUUGCCAUAAUAAAAAUAUAGUUCAUAGAGAUUUAAAAGCAGAAAAUUUGCUUUUAGAUGCUGAUAACAACAUCAAACUUGCAGAUUUUGGAUUUAGCAAUCAUUUUUAUGAAGGAAAAUUACUUUCUACUUGGUGUGGUUCUCCUCCUUAUGCAGCACCAGAAUUAUUUCAAGGGCAAGAAUAUGAUGGACCAAAAGCUGAUAUUUGGAGUUUGGGUGUAGUACUGUAUGUAUUGGUUUGUGGUUCUCUUCCGUUUGAUGGAAACACUCUAAAAGUACUUCGUGCUAAUGUUCUUUCUGGAAUGUUUCGUGUGCCAUAUUUCAUGUCGGCUGCAUGUGAACAUUUAAUACGACAUAUGUUAGUCAUUGAGCCUGAAAAGAGACUAAGUCUGAAACAAAUAGAGUCUCAUAAAUGGAUUAAACAGUUGUCUGAACCAAUUACUAAAAGAUUAAUAGUAGAUGUAAACCCAAUGAUGAAUACAGCUGUAAUAGAACUUAUGUUACAGUUACCUGGUCUAGAUAAAGAUAUGAUUGUUAAUUCUGUUCAGCAAAAGAAAUUUGAUCAUGUCAGUGCAAUUUACCAUUUAUUGGUUGACAAAUUAGAUACAACUGUUAAUCAAAGCAACACUACUAAUCAAUCAUUAGUUAAUGAAACUGAUAUAAAUGGAUCUGUUAACAUCAAUUCAAAUCUAAUUGAAAAUUUACCAUUAUAUUCAAUGUCACUUUAUGCUCAAGAUGGUUCAAUUUAUGAUAGUCAGCAAUUAGAAAAGUAUGGUGAUGUUGAUAUUGGAGAAUCUGCUAGUUCAAAUAAGACUCAAGAUAAUCAUCCAGUGACUACUCGUCGUCAUACCGUUGGUCCAGGAAAUGGCUUGAUGACUCAAGUGAUGGAAUCACAUUAUAUAACACACCUUCAAACUGGACGUAAUGUAAAUGUUUUGCCAAAUACAAAUUUACCUUUGAAUAUUCCAUUAGUUGAAUUUCAAUCUCCCAAAAAUUUUACAAUUAAAGAUCAACAUUUAUUAAAACCACCACAAGUUAUGGGAGAAAAUAACAACUUUGGUAGACGUGCAUCAGAUGGUGGUGCAAAUUUACAAAUAUCACAAAAAAUGAAUUGUACAUUUAGUGAACCAAGCAGCAAAGAAGAUUUAAAAAAACAAGCAAAAAUUGAUCCCAAUGAUUUGAGAAAUGCAAUAAUUGAUCAAUCAAGUAAAGGAAAUUUAUUGUCUGAAGAUAAUGUUGCAUCAGCCAGUUCUAGCCGUUUUACCAAAGUAAUGUGCAAUACCUCUAGACAUGGAAUGGGUAAUAAAGAAGAAGCUCAGACCCAACAAACCAAUUUACAAAAUACACGAACUAGACGUAGUGGUGUAUCAACUGUAAUGGAUAGACCCCCAGUCAUUAGUCCUGAAGUGGUGCGUGAAGUAGAAGCACGUAUGAAUCGAGAGUAUGUACCACCACCAUUACCAAUGGUCAGCACUUCUAGACAUAGUCACCGUAUAUCUCAGGUUUCAGUUUUACCAACAGUACAAGAACUGCAUAGACAUUCAGGCCGAGAAAGUUUAAAAGAUGUUAGUGGUUAUUUGCCAUCUGAACGAUAUAGUCCAGUACGAAGAACAAGUGAACCAGUUGUUACAUCUAGUGAACAACUAGAGCAACCUAAUAUACGUAAUAUCCAACAGGAACAUAUUCAACUUCAACAAAAAUUGAGUGAAAACACAUUGGAUACCUGGGAUCAUGCUGAGUUACAAAUGCUUCAUACAUAUCAUUUACAAAGUUUGCAAACAUUAGUAGAUCAAACUUCAUUUAUAAAUACAACUUCAUCUAAUCAUCAGGGUAAUUCAAAUAUUCUUAGCCAACAUUUGCAAAAUUUGAAUUUACAUCAAACACCAUUAGUUAAUGUUCCACAAACCCAAGGUUCAAUUACUCAAGGUACACCAAAUAUAAUCUCCAAUCAUCAAAUUCCAGUUCCAUUGGACUUACGAACGAAUAAUAAAAUAAAUCCUCAACCAACUAUUGUAGUAGAAGAUAAAACAAUAGAAAUUUGUGAAGAAAAACUUCUUCCAAAUCCAGAAAUAUCUCUUAUGGUAACUAAUGAAGAAGGUGGUAUGAUGGAAGUAGACUCAUUACUGACAAAUUCGGUGAAUUCUGUGAAUACAGGUAAUACUUUACUAAAAAAGUCAAGUACUGAUCAACCACUUUCAGCUAUACAUGAUGGUUAUGAAGAAAUCAAUGAUAUGACUGCUGAUAGAAAUAAUAUUAUAACUGAUAUGGACUCUUCAACUUGUUUGAAAACUGCUCCACUUUUUUCUGACUAUAUUCUAAAAAGAACUGCUAGUGAUGCAUUUGUUGUGGACUUGUCUGAUUUCUAUUCAAAUUACACUUCUGGUAAUAUACUCAACAUUGUCAAAUAUUUGAUAUCAUCCAACAUUCGGGUAUGGCCUGUGCUAGAUAGACAGAAUGUGUUGCAAUUUCCAACAGGGUUGCAAAUUGAACUGGAAGUGUGUUCAAACGACACAGGUGCCAAUUCGUAUUUAAAAAUUCAACGACUCUCUGGAGAUUCAACUGAGUACAAUAACAUUUGUCAUAGGCUGGUCGAAGACUAUUUACCUUGUAAUGAAUAAUAUUAUUAAUCAUUAUAUUACUUUUAAUCUUUUCAUGGCUGUGCUACUUUUGUGAAUGCAAUUAAUUAAUAUUAGUCAUUAGUUUUAAUAAGCAUCUUUCGUUAUUAGAAUUUAUACACAAAGCCCUUAAUCAUGCAGUUGUGAAUUAUAACUAAUCAUCUUUAUCUUAUAUGGACUGAUUUCAAUAUAAAUUAUAUAUUUUACCAAACUCUUAUUUGAGAUUUUCAUUUAAAUAAUUAUAUUUUAUAAAUUUUUUAAUUAAAUGUGCGUUUGUAAAGUGGCAGCACAAAAUGUAUUCCAUUUGUACUAUUCCAAUGACCAUGUAAUCAAAUAUAUUGUAUAUUUGCUAAUAAUAUGUGAAUGUUGUUAUUCUAUAUUUAUUUCCAAUUGUUAAAAUAAUUUUAUAAUAUUGUUAACUUGUUUUUUUCUAAAUUUAUACAUAUAUGUCUUAGAGCAACUGACAGUAAAAUAAAUGCAUAUUAGAAUAGGAUAUUUCAUAGUUAUAGCAAAUAUUUUUUUAGAAUAAUUAAUCAAGUCUUGAUCAAAACCGUAUUAUACUCGCAAUAAAUGUUAUCAAAUUUCAUAACUCAAUCAGUUCAGAAGUCUUAAACUAACCAAGGAGCUACUAAAACUUUUAUAUAUUAUUAUUAAUAUUUAAUAAUAAUAAAAAAGUUAAAUAUCUAUUUGGUAUUUUAAAUGUUACUUCUGGGCUGUACGAAUAUUUUUAAUACUCUAAUAUUGAUUCGUUGGUAUUUGUUUGUUAUUACUUUUUUACUUUUUUAUUUUUUUUUUAUUUAAAAAAAAAAUGUUUAUUGUGAUCUUUUUAUUGUUAUAUUAAUAUUAUUAUAUUUUUUUUCCACAGUCUACUGUGAUCUGUGAACCAUGUUUACCACCAUUGGCUAUUAUUAAUAACCUUACCUUAUUCUAACUUUAAUAGUUUACAUUGCUGUAUAGUCUAUAUAUAUAUAUAUUUAUAUAAUAUAUAUAUGUGCUCAAUAUCAAUGUUGUGUACAUGUUAUUUGUUGUUAUUAUUAUUAUUAUUAUUAUUAUUUUUUUUUUUGUGUUUGUAUUACAAUGUUAUAAAUUGAACACUAAACUUCUAAGCUCAAUGUCAAUGUUGUGGACAUGUUAAUUGUUAUUAUCUAUACAUUCCAAUAUGUAAGUAUAGAAUAUUGUGAUAGACUAAUCAAUACUACAUUUUAUUUUAUUUUUUGUUUAAUUUAAAUGCAUUUGGCAAUGCACUCUUGUUUAGAAAAAUGUAAAAAUGUUAUGCCAUUAUAUAUAUUUUAUAUAUAUAUAUACAUUUAAAAUGUACCAUUAUAAUUUUAAUAUUAAUAUGUUUAUAACCAUAUAUUAAAUGGAAGACAAUAUACAAAAAUAAAUUAUCAACCAAUAAAUGGAUGAAUGUUAACAAUAGAAUUAUUCAUUAACCAUAUGUUAAUAUUUUAUUUUUUUAUUAU